CAAACUAAUUAAAGUGAAACUAGGGGAAAUAAACAAUUUGAUAUCGAAAAAUUCUGCUGUCUGAUGUGAGGUGAUGCCGGCAUCUAGGAAAUUCAUGGCUCUGCAAUCAUUCAUGUCUAUCACCGUUUUUUCUUAUAUUAAUCAAUUUUUAAGCAAAUAUGUGUUUAAAAUGGAUUAACACUUAUUGAUGACUAGGAAUACUUUCAUUUUAGUUGAUGUCCAAAAUUUUCCAUUAUGAGGCUCAUGAAUAUGUAGAAAACCGAAAUAAAUCAUGUAGUUUUUGAUUCAGUUUUAUCUAUGGCUCUUUUUACAGUUGAACAAGUUGAACUUAUACGUCGAUUAAGGAGUAGCGGUAUAACAAGAGAGCAAGUUUUGUUAGCUUUUACUGAACUGGAACGUUUAGAAGCUGAAUUUGGCAGGUCUUGUUCCUAUGGUGAUCAGAUGCAAAAUCAUAACAUGGAAUUUUCAUUUAGUAGUACAUCUGUUGUUCGAAGUAACUGCACCGCGUCUGUUUUUGCAAAUACUGGAAUUCCAAAUGUAACACCUGUUCCUAAUGUCAAUGGUGAUUCUCUUCAUAUUCAAUAUAAACACAAUGAUUACUUUAGUUCUCAACCUAUUACAAGCAAUGGUACUAAUAUGCAUGAUGAAGUCAAUGAUUCAACUGUUUUAAAUGGAGACUGUUCCGUAAAUACAAGUGAUAUUCCAUCUAGACUAGAAAAUGAACUAGUUAUUCCACAAGUUAAUGAUGCUAUGCACUCUGUAUCUUGUUCUGAAUCGGUUACCCAAAAUGCUUAUAAUAGUACUUUUAACUGUUCAUUUUAUCCAAUGGACGUUCAAUCUAGUGAACUAGCAGAAUUGCAAGAAUUAAAGAAGAAAGGUGAUAUGGCUAUACUUGCUGAAAUAAGAAACUUUGUGAUGACUUACAACAUUAAGCAAACUUUAAUAGCUGAGAUGACAAAAAUGAGUCAACCAUAUGUGAGUCGUUUUUUUCGUGGUGAUAUUCAAGAUAUGCCUGAUCGCACGAAGAAUACUUUUUUCAUGUGGUAUCUGACCUGCAAAAAUAACCCAUUAAAAUUAGCUCAAAUGUGUCCAACUUCUGGAAUUAAAAGAAUGGUAUCAGAGUCUGGUGAUCUUAUACCUCUAAAACGUGAAAGAUUUACUUUUAAAGGCUCUCAUCUUGCUGUUUUGGAGAAGUAUUAUGAACAAGAUCCGUAUCCUGAUACUCAAGUUAGGGAAAUGAUUGUUGAACAAUGUAACAAAGCAGCAGAAAAAUGUGAAUGGCCCUUAUCAGAUCGAGAUACUGUGACUUUGCCUGUAGUAAAUAAUUGGUUCAAUAAUAGAAGAAAGGACGCAAAGAAACAAAUGAGGAUGAAGCAUGGCCUUAACAAUAUGAAUGUCCACUCAUCGUAUCAAACAUCAUUUUCAACAACUAUGCCAAUUGGUAAAUGGUCUCCAGGAUCAAUGUCAUCUUCUUCGUCAUCAUUUAAUUACCAAACACUUUCAAACGAAGUAACUGAAAGUGACAGCUCAUCAACGUCUGAACGAAUUAUAGACAGUGAUAUUACUUUAAAGAAUGAUGUGCAAGAACAAGAAUCUUGUGAUAUAAAGCAUAUUUUAUAGUAUCCAGUUUUCAGGUGCUGCAAUGUAAUGGAUUUUCACUUUCUGAAUAUUUUAUGGAUAGAAGAAAACACAUAAUUAUAAAGAGAAAAUGCCACCUAUUGAAUAUAUAUAUAUAUUCUAUGAUGUUUUAUCAACAUCUGAUUAAUUUCUUCUAUACUAUAUAAUGGUUCUCAUGGACACAUGAUCUUUAAUAACAAUUCUUGUGAUAGCGUUUUAUGAAUACAAACCCAGUGAUGUAUGUAAAAAGAAAAACAAAUGUGAAAAUAUGUUUUUACUUAAAAAUAUAUGCAUCUUGUGAAUAUUCAUGUAAAAUCAAACUUCAAGUUUAACUUCAGUUCACACAAUCAAAAUCUGUUUCAUUUUUAGAAACUCUAAUUAAAGACUAAUAUUAAAGUUUUAUAUCAAACUGUUGAGUGGAUUUAUUUAUUGACCCUAUUUGUACAGAUCAAUGUCAUCAAUCGUAAACUAGACUGUUCAGUAUUAAAACAUAUUUCAGAUUUAAAAUCUCAAAUGAUUAAAAUAUGUGCCAAUCUAUUGUUUUAACAUUUAGAGAAGCAAGGGACACAGUUUAAAUAUAAAAAUGCUUAAUAAAAAUUAACAAGAAAA